AUGGACCAAGGCCUUUCAACAGGGUCCCAUCAGAAAACUGAUGGGCUAAGAGAGAGAAACUCACGCGCUGAUUCAACAGUCGGUCGCGAGGCUUUAACAGCCACCGGGGAAGUCGAGGUCAAGGACAAAGAUGGCAACGAGCUCAAGACAUUUGGACGAACUCCUGAUGGAACAGUGUUUACGGUCCCGCAGACUCAUGACAUGGUCUCCCAGCUACUUUCGCCUUCCGAACCCAAGAAUUUUGGUGAUCUAGUGGUGUUGAUAUUGUUGGCGGGUCAUAUCUUGUUCCUCUGGGUACUCCCCGCAGGCGCGAAAAUCCCGGUCUUUGCAGUCACCUACCUUUUCUGGCGUCUCGCUUACAAUGGAGGCAUCGGGUGGCUGCUCCACAACCAGUCACACCACAAGACACUGCUUCGAUGGGCGGAGAAGACCAAGGUGUUUGUCAACCCGGCCAGUGGGGGAAACCCCCACCCGAAACUGUAUAAUUGGAUCAAGCGGGAACUGGAAACCAAGAUCCCGCAGGACUACUCCUUCGACGAUGCUCCAAUUGAAUACAACACCUGGCUUGUCUUUAGGCGACUCGUGGACUUGAUUCUCAUGUGUGACUUCACCUCUUACUGCCUCUUCGCCAUAGCUUGUGGCCACCAACCCGUUGAUGAAAGUAUUAUCAUGGCUGUGUUGCGCUGGUCCGCGGGCAUCAUUUUAGUGCUGUUCAACCUGUGGGUCAAACUAGACGCCCAUCGAGUAGUCAAGGACUAUGCUUGGUAUUGGGGUGAUUUCUUCUACCUCAUUGACCAGGAAUUGACUUUCGAUGGCGUGUUCGAAAUGGCUCCGCACCCUAUGUACUCGGUUGGCUACGCUGGCUACUACGGAAUCUCUCUGAUGGCAGCCAGCUAUAAAGUACUCUUCAUCUCGAUCAUUGCCCAUGCAGCUCAAUUCGCCUUCCUCGUCCUCGUCGAGAAUCCGCACAUCGACAAGACUUACAAUCCGCCACCACCCCGAAAGCGAUCUACCUGUGCGGAUUCCACCGCCAACUUGCUCAGCGAUCUAGACACUCCAAAUGCGCCAACCCCGUCUGAAGAUCUACCUCCCAACGCGACACCUUCGUAUUCAGCUAAGCCGCCCCAGGCGGUCCACAACCUCCUGGGCCUGCACAACCUGGACCUACAUAGAACCACGGAUUCCUCGAUUGUGCUCGUCCAACUUCUUGUAUUCUCCAUCACGGCUCUGACACCCUCAACACCAGGUUAUCAGUUCCUCUUUGUUCUUCUUGCCACAGCUUCGAGGAUCUGGUAUUCUGUAGGAAUUGGGUAUCUGCUCCGGAAUCAAUCUAACACCAAAUCUUGGACCAGGCAUUUCGUGAAGUAUGGUGACACACCCCACGAGGCAUGGAACCAAUGGAAGGGCACUUAUCACUUAAGCAUGGUUUUGUGUUACUCCAGCUUCAUUGCAGCCGUGUGGAAGUUGUACGAGUUCCCCGCCGACUGGGGCUAUGGCUUGGUUCUGUUCCGCCACAUCCUAGGCGCUGGCUUGAUCAGUCUGCAAAUCUGGACCUCUGUCAGCAUCUACGAGUCUCUCGGCGAGUUCGGCUGGUUCUACGGCGACUUCUUCUUCGAUGAGUCUCUCAAACUCACCUACAACGGUAUCUACCGUUUCCUCAACAACCCAGAGCGCGUCCUCGGUCUUGCCGGUGUAUGGGGCGCAGUUCUCAUCACCAGCAGUGGUGCCAUUACCUUCCUCGCCUUGCUCAGCCAUAUCCUGAGUCUGGCGUUCAUUCAAUUCGUCGAGCGUCCCCAUAUGCAAAAGCUGUACGGUCGCAGCCUCCGCCAGGAUGCCGGUCUUGUGAAGAGCUUGAAGCGCUCUCUGCCACCUUCGCUCCAGCAAUUGCAUGGCAGCGUCGACAAGAUGUUUGAUGAUUCCUUCGAUUUCAUCGAAGAGAUCCUUGACAAUGCCCGACCUAGACUCGCUGCUGGUGUGAACACCUUCGUGAAAGACACCACGGCCCUGUUCCAGAAGUACCCUGCUCGCGUGACCAUCUCGCGCAUCGAUGCGGACUUGGCUGGCUUUGAUCUCAGCGAUUAUUCGCUUUCGCUCGAAGGCACCGAGCGCGCAUCCUUUGAAGACAGUGAGAAAACCAAAGGCCGAGAAGGCGCCAACGCCCGCAUGCCCCUCGACCGCCGAGGCGAUCUCAAGGAUCUGACAUUCGAAUACGGCUCCCCGAUCAAGGUCAAGUGGAGUGCUCCUAUCAACCACAGUAAGAAGGACUGGAUCGGUCUGUACCGAGUCACUGACAACACCUCGCGAGAGGUGACUCGUGUAUCAUCGCAAGGCCGCUGGGUCGCCACAAACCAAGGCGCAUACGACAAUCUCACCUGCGAGAAGGGCAUUAUCAGCAGUGAUGUGAUUGUUCCCUCCUCGCAGCGCAAAGACAACGAAGACCGCGAGUUUGCCUCUGGCGAGAUCCUUCUUUCUGGCGAUAAACUCUUCUGGACUCAAGGUGUCUUCGAACUCCGCUACCACCACAACGGCAUGCACAACGUCAUGGCUAUCUCGAGACCGUUCGAAAUCCGCAUCCGCCGUUUCGACGCAGAGGAAACUCUUGCAAAUGCCGAUUCUCUCGCCGAAGUAGCUGUUGAGCAAGCCUUGCUGCCUGUUGUUCGCAACUGUUUCGAUCGUGAUCCAGAAAUCGCCCCGGAAACCGGGGACGAGCAAUUCGGCAGCCUCGUGGAACGUGAUGGCAAGUUUGCCAAUCGUGUUGUCUUUGCUGUUCACCAAAUGUUCGGUAUCGAGUUAGCAGCCGAGGUCGUCAAGGCCGAUGGCAAUGUCCGCAAUCUUGCAUGGAGAAUCUGCAACGCCAAGAAAGUGCUGGCUCCUUACAGCAUGUCGAGAUCCAAUGGGACUACCACGCCACUCGAAGAUAGGAAAGAUUGA